GUUUAAAUAACACCAUCUAACGUUUCAUUGACGCAACGGUGAAAGCUUGCAGAAAAGGAGGGGAUACGUUUCAUGUGCCGUAUUCCCCUCAAACGGCAAGAAUUAAUGAACACGUGUUUGUUUCAACACGGUAGACGCUGUAGAAUGACGGCAAAUAUAAAGUAGAGAAAUGUGUUGAGUUUAUAAUUUCGUAAAAUAAUCAUGGAAGAUGUUAAUGAUAAGUUUUUCUAUGUGUACAGUUCUUCUUUAGACAUCAGAAUACAAAUUAAAAUAGGAACUUUAGAAGGUAAAAGACAACGACCUGAAUAUGAUAAAUUACUCAUCGACCCUAUGUUAAAAUACUCUGGUCUCUAUGGAGCCAAUGGAGGACGUGGAGACUUAGUAGCUUCUCUGCAAGUGUGGGCUGGAGGAAGACCGCUUGCUUUACCUGUUCAUACAGCUUAUAAACACUUUACAUCACGUUGGAAUUGGAAUCAAUGGGUUACUCUUCCUAUUUCUUAUUCCGACUUACCACGAGAUGCUCAAUUAUGCAUAAGCUUGUAUGAUUGUGCUGGGCCUGGUAGACGACUGCCAGUUGGCGGUACAACAAUAUCUUUAUUUGGAAAACAUGGAGUCUUUCGUCAGGGAAUGUUAGAUCUUAGAGUUUGGCCUGGAGUAGAAGCAGAUGGUAGUAUAUCUACCAGUACUCCAGGAAAAACUAGAGAUCAUGGAAAAGAACAAAUGCAGAGAUUAGCAAAACUUGUUAAAAAGCACAGAAAUGGUCAGAUGAACAAAGUUGAUUGGUUGGAUAGAUUAACAUUCAGAGAAAUCGAAUUAAUUAAUGAAAGAGAGAAAAGAGCAUCUGAAUAUUUAUAUUUAAUGAUUGAGUUUCCAGAAAUUACUAUGGAUGGAAUACCGUACUCAGUAGUAUAUUAUGAGAGAGAUGGGGAUGAAGUUGUUCAACAUAGAUCCCAACCAGAUGUUGUAACUCUUCCUGAUUAUGAAAUUUUACAAGAAAAUCUUGUGGAAGCAAAGCAUCACAAAUUAGCUCGAAGUUUACGUAGUGGGGAUCACACACGAGAAUUAAAGCCAACUUCAAAUGUACGCGAUGCUUUGAAUAUAAUAUUAAGUUAUCCGCCAACGACGGCACUUUCUACCGAGGAACAAGAUUUAAUUUGGAAAUACAGAUUUUAUUUGUCAAGUCAAAAGAAAGCUUUAACAAAGUUCGUAAAAUGCGUGAAUUGGAAAGUUGCCGGAGAAGAACGGCAAGCUUUAGAAAUGUUAACAUUAUGGGCACCACCUGAUCCCGAAGAUGCAUUAGAACUACUUGGUCCAGCAUUCACGCAUCCAGCUGUUAGAAGAUACGCUAUAGGUCGGCUUAAUCAAGCACCCGACGAUGACUUAAUGUUAUACUUGUUACAGUUAGUGCAAGCUUUAAAAUAUGAAGAUUUUGAAGGCAUUAAAAGAGCACAUCAUACAUUAAUGAAGGACAAGGAAUCUGAAAAAAUCGAUAAAUUAGAUAGAGACAUACAGAUCAACGAUUCUUCAUCUACGCCUAUUACGAAUUCCUGUGAAUCCGAAAACGGGCAGUCUUUGACAAAUCAAGAGUCUCUUAUGGAUUUAGCAUCUUUCCUGAUUACUCGUGCAUGUCAAAAUACCACAUUGGCUAACUAUUUUUACUGGUAUCUUUCUAUCGAAUGCGAAGAGCAAAAUGACCCAGCUAUAAGUGCAAAACAAGAUACGCGUGUUAAGGAAAUGUAUAUUACCGUAAUGACAAUGUUUUCGGCAAUACUGGCUCAAGGAAACGCUAUUUGGCAAAAGAGAAGAGCGUUUCUUCUACGUCAAAAGAUAUUUAUUGACCAAUUAGUAGCGCUCGUGAAAGCAGUCGCUAGAGAAAGUGGAAAUCGUAAAAAAAAGACUGACAGGCUUAGAGCAUUACUGGCAGAUCCAGACCCAGCAUUCAAAAUUAAUUUCUCCAAUUUUGAACCAAUACCUUUUCCCUUAGAUCCAGAAAUUUGUAUCAAAGGAAUUAUUCCCGAAAAAGCAAGUCUCUUUAAAUCAGCUCUUAUGCCAUCCAAAUUAACCUUUUUGAUGACGGAUAACAGUGAAUACAUUGCAAUAUUUAAACAUGGCGACGACCUAAGACAAGAUCAAUUAAUUUUACAAACGAUAGCACUUAUGGACAAAUUAUUAAGAAGGGAAAAUUUGGAUUUAAAACUUACUCCUUACAGGGUCCUUGCAACGAGUACUAGACAUGGUUUUUUACAAUUCAUCGAAUCUACGACAGUCGCAGAAGUUUUAGCUAGCGAGGGUUCUAUAUUAAGUUUUUUUCGUAAACAUCAUCCUUCCGAGAAUGGUCCUUAUGGCGUUGUACCUGAAGUUAUGGACACUUACAUUAGAAGUUGUGCUGGCUAUUGUAUUAUUACAUAUGUACUUGGCGUUGGUGAUCGGCAUUUAGAUAAUUUGCUCUUGACAACAUCAGGGAAACUUUUCCACAUAGACUUUGGUUACAUUCUCGGCAGAGAUCCAAAGCCUUUACCGCCGCCUAUGAAAUUGAGCAAAGAAAUGGUUGAAGCUAUGGGAGGCGUAGGAUCGGAACAUUAUCACGAAUUUCGAAAACAGUGUUAUACCGCAUUUUUGCAUUUACGCAGACAUGCAAAUUUGAUGUUAAAUCUAUUUUCGUUGAUGGUGGAUGCUAGCGUACCAGAUAUAGCGUUAGAACCGGAUAAAGCUGUAAAAAAAGUUCAAGAUAAAUUGCGAUUGGAUUUGAGCGACGAAGAAGCGGUGCAUUAUGUUCAGAAUCUUUUGGAUUUAUCGGUAACAGCUGUAAUGGCAGCAUUAGUAGAACAAUUGCACAAAUUUGCACAGUAUUGGCGGAAAUAAACCCAAAUCAAUCGAAAUAAUGAUCACAAAGACUGUGUUCCUUUUUAACUAUUGCAAAUAUUACUAUAUUGUAUAUAAAUGACCAUACGUCUAUAAAUGUAACAUAAUUUAUUGUAUUUUGAGAUUAUUUUAGCUAAUAAAUCUUUGAUAAUAA